AUGCCUUCUUCAACCUCCGCAAACGGAGUCUCCUCUACUCCCGACGCCCUCGAGUCCGACCUCCUCGUCAAGCUGUCCGCCAGUUGUGCGCUCGAAGACCUACAAGAGAAUCUCCUCGGAUCGCUGCACCGCCUGGGCUGGACCGAGAAGGUGACCACCCUUGCAGCCGAACUCCUCCGCGCCGGCCGCUGUGAGACUUUCGAUGAAGUACUAGCUGCAGUCCUUGCCUCCGCCGAGGGUCGACACCACCCCGCCCUAGGUUCAAAAGCAGCAAACGGCGAGUCAGCCUCAAACGGGUCGAAAGAAAUCAACGGGACGAAAAAAAUCAAAGAUACUCCAUACGAUCCCCUCAAAUACAUCGAAGAGGUCAAUGUGCGCAUUCCAGAGCCAGUCGUUGAAGAGGGUGUUCGUGGAUUAAAAGACAUCUUGCGCGAAGUGGCUGACCUGGAGGGUGAAAGUACGCCGAAUGGAGAAAAGAAAUAA